AUGAUUGAUGCCUGGGCAAUCAAAAGGGCGCUGUGCAUUUUUAUCCUUAUCAACUGUGUGCUAAAAUUAGGGCGUUCGCGGAAAAUCACGUGGAAACCGAAAAAAGGAGUUUACAUCCCUCUGGACGACGCAAAUGGCUGCAAAGGGGAAUGGAAACGGAAAGGGGUGUUCUUUAAUAUUCAGAGCGGUAAAAAAGGGAAACGGUUAAAAGGAAGGAAGGGUCUAAGGAGGGGACUGGUCACCCGUGGAACACCACAGUUUCGCCGAGAUAAAUUUAUUCCACUGUUUCUGUUGCAGGAUUGCGAACACAGAAGUUUAAACGGAAAGCAAUAUAACUUAAGAGGCAGGCGGUGUAGCAGCCCUUUGGAUGUUAACCCCAGGGGAUGGGACAUCUUACCCCCCGAGCAGCCAAAUGAGGAGACGAUCGGUGAGAGGAUCGGUGAGAGGAUCGGUGAAGCGGAGCAGUUGGAGGAUGAAGGCCUUGAUGGAGGGCCUCCCCCUGGGAUGGAAGCAAAGAAAAGUAGCAGUAGCAGUAGUAGCAACAACGUGCAUAGCAACUGCAGCGAUGCGGGAAAAGCGCCAGUGUGCUCCCAAGAGAAUAUCCGAAACUUUUGCAUACUGGCGCACAUCGAUAGUGGAAAAUCAACCCUCGCUGACCGUUUCCUAGAAUUAACAAAAACGAUAAAAAAGAAAAAGAUGCAGGAUCAAUUUCUGGACAUGAUGUCCUUGGAGAGAGAAAAGGGAAUCACCAUUAAGUUGAAGGCAGUGAGAAUGAAUUACAAAAAUUAUAUUUUCAAUUUAAUAGAUACACCAGGACACUUUGACUUUUAUCAUGAAGUGAAAAGGUCGCUAAGUGUAUGUGAAGGAGCCAUACUACUCAUCGAUGGGACGAAAGGAAUUCAGUCGCAGACACUUAACAUAUUUAUGGAGUUGCAAAAACAUAAUUUAAAAAUAAUUCCAGUCAUAAAUAAAAUAGACCUGAAUAUAUGUAGGUUGGAAAAAAUAGAAAAUGAUUUAUUAAACAAAUUUCAUUUUAUGAAGAAAGAUAUUCUACACAUCUCCGCUAAGUAUUCCCACGGAGUAGAAUCUCUGUUUCAGAGAAUAGUAUCAGAGAUCCCUUCUCCUGCCAUCAAAUCGAAUUCCUUCUUUAGGGCCAUCGUUUUCGACUCCUUCUAUGACCAGUACAAGGGGGUGAUAUUAAUUAUUAAAGUGUUAAAUGGAGUGUUAACAAAAAAAACGGAAGUUUUUUUUAUUCAGAGCGAAAAGACGUACAUCAUUCAGGAGGUUGGGUACCUCACCCCGGAGAUGAAACCCACGGAAAGUAUACGUCAAGGGGAUAUUGCCUACGUAUCGUCCAACAUAAGAAAGUGUGACGAGGUGCAAAUGAGUGAGACGAUAAUUAGUAGAGAUAUCGUGCACCUGAAUGCGCAGCGCCGCCUUGUAGUUGAUUCCGACUUGCUCCGCAGGAAUCCCAGUGGUGAAGAGCACAUUAAUGUGAAGCGUUGCAAUAUCGAUUCCUCCUUGGGUGGUGUAGCUCCUCGGAUGGAGCGCAUUGAGAGGGAAGUCAACUUGGAGGAAAUUGCCGCGUCCAAAGUCGACGUCUCGUACCCCGUUGUGUUCUGCAACAUUUACAGCGUCAACGACAAACAGGCCAACGAACUACAGGCGGCAUUGAACAAAUUGAAACUGAACGAUGCCUCCUUUUCCUUUAAGCCUGACGUCUGUGAGACAUUAGGGAAGGGGUUCAAGUGCGGGUUCAAUGGAUUGUUGCAUCUUAAUAUAAUCCAGGAGAGAAUAAAAAGAGAAUACGACGUGGAGACAAUUGUUACUGCCCCGUCAGUGAAUUACCUGAUAAGGGUCAAGGAAAAGUGCAUUGACAAGCAACUGAAGGAGAGACUGAUUGAUGCGAGUUUCGACAUAGCCAACAUUAACGUGGAGGGGGGUGAUCACGAUGACUGCAAUGACAAUGGUGGUAGCAAUAGUGAUGACCGAAGCGAUCGCAGCGGAAAGAACCCCCCGGAUGGACUGUACUACAUGACGAGCAACGUGAACGACAUUCCCCAGAAAAAUUAUAUCCACGGAAUUUACGAACCUUACGUGCGAACAAGCAUAAUGACGCCGGAGGAGUACCAAAAAUAUAUCAUGGCGGAAUGCUUCCAGAGGAGAGGCAUUUUUAUUAAAAAGGAAAGCAUGGACAGCCAUAUUAUCUUUUAUUUCGACAUGCCAUUGUCAGAAAUAUUAAUUAAUUUUUUGGAUCAAAUUAAAUCCUGCACAAAGGGUUAUGGGUCUAUGAGUUACGAAAAUUUUAUUACUUACAGAGAAAGCGACUUGCACAAAAUUAACAUAUACGUUAAUAAUAGGAGCAUCGACUCCUUGUCAUUUUUGGCACACAAAUUAAAUUAUCAAGAGAAGGGAAAACGUAUUGUUUUAAAAUUAAAAGAAAUGAUAAAGCCACAUCAAUUUCUUGUCGUCAUUCAAGCAGGUAUUGGGACAAGAAUUUUCGCCUCAGAGAGAAUAAACCCCCUAAGGAAAAAUGUCACUGCAAAAUGUUACGGGGGGGAUAUCACACGGAGAAGGAAAUUACUGGAGAAACAAAGUGCAGGAAAAAAAAAAAUGUUCAGCAUCGGCAAAGUGAAACUGCCGCCUAAUAUGUUCACCAAGCUUUUCGACUUGAAGGCUCAGUGA